CUGCAGUGAAAGCCGAGGCGGCGGGCUGGCGAGGUGGGGGCGGGCGGACAUCUUGGGAUCUGGAGAGUGGCCGGGCCGUCUGAGUAGGGGGCCGCGAACGCGGACUCCAGGACGGUGACAGGCCUCUCCAUGCGCCACGCCAUUCCCCCAGUUCAGCGACUCCCCAGGGCUCUUCUUUGACCUGUGACAGCUCCGUCCCUUGUGGUCUCUUCUCAGAGCAAUGGGCUGUGGACACUGAGCUGCCGCCAUGAUUGGAGGCUUAUUCAUCUAUAAUCACAAGGGGGAGGUGCUCAUCUCCCGGGUCUACCGAGAUGACAUCGGGAGGAAUGCAGUGGAUGCCUUUCGGGUCAAUGUUAUCCACGCACGGCAGCAGGUGCGCAGCCCCGUCACCAACAUUGCUCGCACCAGCUUCUUCCAUGUUAAGCGCUCCAACAUCUGGCUGGCAGCUGUCACCAAGCAGAAUGUCAACGCUGCUAUGGUCUUUGAAUUCCUCUACAAGAUGUGUGACGUAAUGGCUGCCUACUUUGGCAAGAUCAGCGAGGAAAACAUCAAGAACAAUUUUGUGCUCAUAUAUGAGCUGCUGGAUGAGAUCCUGGACUUUGGCUACCCCCAGAAUUCAGAGACAGGUGCACUGAAAACCUUCAUCACCCAACAAGGCAUCAAGAGUCAGCAUCAGACAAAAGAGGAGCAGUCCCAGAUCACCAGCCAGGUGACAGGGCAGAUUGGCUGGCGGCGAGAGGGCAUCAAGUAUCGCCGGAAUGAGCUCUUCCUGGAUGUGCUGGAGAGUGUGAACCUGCUCAUGUCCCCACAGGGGCAGGUGCUGAGCGCCCAUGUGUCAGGCCGGGUUGUAAUGAAGAGCUACCUAAGUGGCAUGCCUGAGUGCAAGUUCGGGAUGAAUGACAAGAUUGUCAUUGAAAAGCAGGGCAAAGGCACAGCUGAUGAAACAAGCAAGAGCGGGAAGCAAUCAAUUGCUAUUGAUGACUGCACCUUCCACCAGUGUGUGCGACUCAGCAAGUUUGACUCGGAACGGAGCAUCAGUUUUAUCCCACCAGAUGGAGAGUUUGAGCUAAUGAGGUAUCGCACCACCAAGGACAUCAUCCUUCCUUUCCGGGUGAUCCCACUUGUGCGGGAAGUAGGACGCACCAAACUGGAGGUCAAAGUAGUAAUCAAGUCCAACUUCAAGCCCUCACUGCUGGCCCAGAAGAUUGAGGUGAGGAUCCCGACCCCACUGAACACAAGCGGAGUACAGGUGAUCUGCAUGAAGGGGAAGGCCAAGUACAAGGCCAGUGAAAACGCCAUUGUGUGGAAGAUCAAGCGCAUGGCAGGCAUGAAGGAAUCGCAGAUCAGCGCAGAGAUUGAGCUUCUGCCCACUAAUGACAAGAAGAAGUGGGCUCGACCCCCCAUUUCCAUGAACUUUGAGGUGCCAUUCGCGCCUUCUGGCCUCAAGGUGCGCUACUUGAAGGUGUUUGAGCCGAAGCUGAACUACAGCGAUCACGAUGUCAUCAAAUGGGUGCGCUACAUUGGCCGCAGUGGCAUUUAUGAAACCCGCUGCUAACUGCCUAGUAACAGCUGGCCCACCUCCCCACCCCACCUCCUCUACAAGUCCAGGUGCCCCUGAGUCACCAUGCAUCAGUGUCUCCUCCCCGCUGCUUUGCUGCCUUCCCUUUGCACCAUCCCCUGAGCCUAGGUCUGGACCAACCACAUAGCAAGUGGGACUGGCAGAGCCAUCCCUGAGCUCCCUGGGCAGGGCAGUUUUCUGGGGUUCCUGCUCUCCAUCUGUCUGUCCUGGCCCAGUUCCAGGCUCUGAGUUCUGUGACCAAAGCCAGGUGGGCCCCUUGUCCCCCCCACCCGUGGCCAGAUCUCUGGAGUGGGAGGGUUGGCUGCCCCUCACCUCAGAGCCCCCCAAAGGCCAGUAAUGGAUCCCCAGUCCUCAGUCCUUACUCUGCUUUGGGAUAGUGUGCGCUUCAUUUUGUACACGUGUGACUUCGUCCAGUUAUAAACCCAAUAAACUCUGUAGAGUGGA